AACACUACAAAAAUUGCAUUUAUUUUUUCAAAGUUAUUCGUGAAGAGUAAUUAUAAACCAACACUUUUAUGACCAAAUGGUAUAAAAAUAUAACAUAUCUAAGUCUAAUAUUUUAAGUAAUAAAAAUAAUUAUAGGCGAAUUCAAAAUUUUUAGAAUAAUUAACUAGCAAUAAUUCAUAAAAACAUUGUUUGUUACAUUUUUAAAAUGAGUGCAGCGAAAAAAAAACAAGUUACUCAAAAUGAGUUGAGACUCCUUAUGUUGAAACAAAAGUUGCAAUCCCAACGAGUGAAAAAAAAAAUUGAUUCACCAUUAGCAAAAUAUAAUAGUGAUGGACAAUUAUCUUGUGUCGUAUGCAAAUUAAAUAUUGAAGAUGAAUCUUCUUGGAGUGAUCAUAUAAAAUCGAAAUAUCAUAAAGAAAAUAUUGUGAAACGGAAGCCAGAAUCAUCAAAAAUGUCACAUAGACUAGCUGUGACAACAGAAAGUUUAAAACGAACACAACCCAUACAAGAAAUAUCUAAUCCUCCUAAAAAAAUAAAAGGUAUUUUGAAAAAUGCUUCUCCCUCAUCAGUUCCAAGUAUUCCUAGUGAUUUUUUUGAAAGUUCAUCAUCCCAACUAACUAAAACAAUAGAAAAAAAUGAAGAUAAAAUGGAUGAAGAUACUGAAAAUAAUGAUGAGUUAAAUAUAGACAAAGGAGAACUUCCAAAAGGAUUUUUUGAUGAUCCAAUGAUAGAUGCUAAAGCUCGAAAAGAAGCUUAUGUAAAUUCUAUUGAUGAAGAAUUUCUUAAAUUCCAAAAAGAAAUAAAAGAAGAAAACUUUUUAUCUGAACAAAUAAUGGCUGAUAAUGAAGAUGAAGCAACUUAUGGCAGACAGGUUGAAGAAAUUGAUGAACAGAUUAAACAUUGGUCCAAAGUUAUUGAAUUGGAAAAAAAACGGGAUCAAAUGGCUCAAGUAAUUAAUGAAAGGAUGAAAAUUGAAAUAAAAAAUGAAACUAUUGAUGAUAAUGAAUCUGACGAUAGUGAUUUUGAUGAAUUUAUUGAUUGGAGGUCUAAAAGCUAAGUAUUUAAAUGAAUAUGUCUUAAUGUGAAUUAAUGAAGAUUAUUACCUAAUGUAUAUUAUAAGAAAUAAAAAAUUAUAUAAAUUUCAUUUAAAAUUAGUUUUAGAACAUAGACUUUUAUACCAAAAUACACACGAUUAAUAUGUACCAAUUUGUUGAUUACAAAGUGUUUGUAAUCUUUGAUAAUUAAAUAUUUUAUGACUAUAAUUGUCAAGAAAUUAAAAUUUUGUUUUAUUUGUCCA